UUGGACAUGUUAUUUUACUGUCAUGCAGUGUGAAACAUAAAUAAAGCGUAUUAGUUUUCUAUAAAUCAUGACUUAAUACUCAGGCCUAAAUUGUUAAAAUGAAAUAAUAUUUUUAAAAACGCAACUGCCACUUAUAUAUUUCUUUUUAAUUAAUGACAUUAUGGAUGGUUUAAUUCACGCGGCAUUGGAAGCAGAGGUUAUACUUAAUCGGGUGAAACAUGCUAAUGCAAACUUAACACAAUUUGACAGUGGUGUCCCAGACCAUAAAAUGACUUGGACCCAUGAAAAAAUACACUUAGCAGAAACAGUGGAUGACAGCAGGAUGAAGUUUCAAAGGAAUUCAACUACUUUAUCUACCAGUAAAAGCUCUGAAAAAUUUGAUUUAUUUAAGAAACUUCAUGAGUUGUAUAAUGAGUUAAGUAGAGAUGAAGCAUCACAAAUAAAUUAUCAAGGACUUAAAAUCACAUCUUAUUUAUUAGAGAAGUUACUAGCAACAUAUAAUCUCAAUACUUUAAUAAUUAAUUUAUAUCCUGGCAAUAAAGGAUAUUCAUUAUCUUUAAAAGUUAAUGGCAACACACAAUAUAUACAACCUCCCGAUGCAAAUAUAUCAAAUCAAGAGGAGACAUUAAUAGAAACACCUCGGUGGCCAUACGAAGAGGAGGAAUUGCUCAGUUAUAUAGAUAAUGAAGAAUUACCAGUGGUUCUACUUGACCUGUUAGAAUCGGAACACUCUUCACUUUUCUACUCAGGUUGCAUUAUAGCCCAAAUACGAGACUAUCGACAGGCAUAUCCCAGUUUUCUAUGUGAUACUCAUCAUGUUUUGUUAAGGCCAACUAAUCAGAGUAUAAUAACGGAUGCGAUGUGUAUUGGGGGCAAGUGCGGGUGGUCUGGGGAGGAGCGCGGCGCGUUGGACGCGGUGGAGGCGGCGCUGGUGCACGCGGCCGACCCGCGGCCGGCGGUGGGCUUGCUGGCGGCGAGGCUGCACGCCGCACCUAGACUCUUCAAUACGCCCAGGAUACGACGGCAAGCACGACGGUUUUCACAGGUGGCAGUUAAUAGAAAAAGAAAAUUAGACCAAUUCACACACUACCAUGGUUUAGAGUUAUUGGAAUUAAUACAUAGGCAAAGAGCGAAGAACAGACAAACCGUACCUCUUACUAGACUUACAUCUAAAUACCCUAAGAAACCACCCGAGGUGUUCAAACCUAUAGAAGCACCAAAAAUGGAUCCAGUACCGUUAGUACUGCCGGCGGAGGCGAGCGCGCCGCUGCGGCUGGCGCGCGCGUACGAGCGCCCGCGCCCCACCUCCGACUGCCAGCCGCAGCUGGUGGAGGAGUACGUGCUGGAGACGGAGAAGACCUCGCCGCACGCCAGCGCUGGCUUCUUCCACAUCAAACUCUCCAUACUACAGCGACCGUCCGACCAGGAGUUCCUAGGAGAACUCUACGUUGACAGAGAUCAUGUUGAAGGUGAAAGAAAUGGUUCCGCGUGUCGGUUUACAUUAGGAACAAGACUCCAAGCCAAUAAGUACAUACAGCAGUUUACGGAGAUAUUUACAGAAGAAGGUCGUAAAUCAGUGAGAAUAAAGCACAUAGUGCCGGGACAGCUGCCCAGAGUAUCCUACACGGGUAGCAUGAGAGAAAUGGGGCAGCAACUAUUAUUACAACAAAGGGCAGCAGCUGUUAACAAUUCUACCGUUCAAACGCACUCGACAACCGUCCCUGUUGUGACAUCCGCGGUGGCGCCCACACCCAACGCUCAACUUCAACAAGUGGGCAACGUUGGUGGCGUCGCAACUGUGAGCACAGUGGUGGGCAAUAUCGCGACUGUGGGCAACGUUGGCGUGGGCGGCGUGCCUGCGGGCAGCGUGGGCGUGGUAAACAACGUGGGCAACGUGGCCGCUGCUGCUGUAGUCGCUAAUGAAGUAACACUCAAACAGCAACCUUCACCAACAACACCUCGACUCUCUCCGCAGGUGCUAGACAUCCACUCGUCGCAAGCGUCAACAAACCAGCUACUGGCGCAACAGUUGACCAACCCGCCGCAACCUCUAAACCCUCAGAAGAUGCAGUCCGCCAUCAUACAUAUACAACAUCCGCUCAUGUCUUCUGCCGGCACAUCACAGGUGCAGAAUAUUCAGUACACGAACACAUCGACAACACAACAGAAGGCGACUGUAAGCAAGCCGCGAACAACGAACCCCGCCAUCAGCGCACUUGUCACUAGUCUAAUGAAUUCAGCUCAGCAGUUCCAACAAGCUGCAAGUCAAAACGCAGCAAAGGCGGUGGUGAGCACAGCUAACAGUAAUGCAACGAUACUCAACUUACUGAAUAGUGCUCCGGCGGCUAUGACGCACGCUACGCAAGGCGCGCACGUGGCGCAAAGCGCGCAAAUGGUGCAAAGCUCACAAAUGGCGCAAACCUCACAAAUGGCGCAAAGUGCGCAUUUGACGCAAGCCGCGCCCACAGACGGCGCUAUCGACGCCCACAAGCUGCUCGGCAGAACUGUGUCUAUAUCUGGCGCUCGGCUCAUCGCAACAACCACCGCAUCGCACUCCUUACCUACGUAUACUCAACAGGUUAUGAGUGGGUACACGUGUGACAGUGAGUCCACGAACGUGUCGAGUAGUGAGAGUGCGUUGUUAGAGAGGCUAAUGGGCCCCGACCCCACGCCCGCGACACAAGCGCAACCUGUAUGCCAUUUACAGGGUUUGAGUUUAACGUCGCUGCAAGGUUUGCAAGGUAUCCAAGGGUUGCAGAACGUUCAGGUUCAAAUCCCGGGCCUACCGGCGCCCAUCUCUCUGUCUCUGAACGUGUCGGGCGCACCCAGCGGCCUGCUCGUGUCGGUGCCGCCCACCACUUCCGUCGUACUCACCAACCAACCCUCCGUACUCUCUUUACCUAUAGCUCAAUUAAUGUCAGCUGGUGGCGUGAAGGGCGCGGUGCGGGGCGGCUCGGUGCAGGUGGUGCGGAGCGCGCGCGGCACGCGGCUGGCGCGCCCCGCCCCCGCCCCCGCCCCCUCGCCCGCCCCCAGCGCCGCGCAGCCGCCCCCGCCACCGCCCCUCACAGCUACCAGGCCGACGCAACCUUCACAAGGUACUGCACAGUACAUAACGCAAACGCAGACACAAGCUUUGAACCCGCAUCAAGUGAGACGGAAAUCAAAUCCUGACAGUUCAUAGUAGAUAAUACAAGCUCACUGCCGAUUUAGAAUAAAGUGUAAAUAUGUGCAGAUAUUAGUUAAAUUAUUUUAAAAUAUACUAGAACAAAAUAAACAAUUGUGUUGGUGAGCGUAUAUGAAUGUGAAGUGAACUGUGAACAGAAUAUGACAAGACAAUAUGAUAAAAAUCAGGUAAAUGUAAACUCAAGAUACUUUAAAUGUAAGAAUCCAAAGUGAUAUCUAUGUCUUUGACAAUAGGUGCUAAAAUUACUUCUCCGGUAUUCUUAUUUUUUUGACUAUCUCGCUGCUAUAGGUAUUAUUGUCUGUAAAAUGGCAUCAACUUAUGAAAUGUAAAAAUCCUAUUACCAAUUUUUUGUACUUUCGUUUUUUCUUGGGUGUUCUAUGCAGAUUACAUCAUAACUCCGUUUUAAUAUUCACCAUAUUUUAUUUCACUCUUAUCUUUAAUAUAAAUAUAAAGCGGUAGUAUAGUAUAUCUUAUGUAAUUUAACGUUAAAAAACUAGGACAUGCUAACACUAUGGAUUCUUACACUUGCAUAUACACCGUGUCUGUUUUACACUAUAUGUCAAACUAUGUUACCAUUAGUUGCCCUUUUAAAUAUAUUUUAAUAUAAAUAAUUGUAGAUUCAAAUUAUACAGAUUUUAAUUUCAUGUAUUCCGUGAUUACUUACCGGUUUUUUUAUAAUCUACACAAUCAUGUGUUUUUUUAACAACGGUCACAAAUGUAGGGUAAGCUCAUUAUUUGGGCAUUUGCUUUAAGUCACAUAACACGUGUUAUUCGACAAAUGAGGUGCAGGCACCGUUGGAAUCAACGAAUCAUAGUAAAAUUCAAGCUGUACUCUAAAGGCUCUUGGUCAAAUAUUCUCUUCUUAGAGAUAACCAUUGCUCAUAGACAAAGGUAUAGCUUUUAAUUUCAAAUUCCGACUUCUAUGAAUCAAACCCAGCAGUUCUCAAAACUUUUUGUCCAUGAAUUUCAGACAACUUCAAAUUUCAACACUUUGAAUGCCAUCAAUACUCAUUAAAAGUUUGUGUACAAAAAUUAUAUUAGCACUGAAUGUGUUAAAAAUAAAAUCAAAAUGUUGGACUUUGUUUCCUAGGAGCUUAAAUUAGGUUUUUAAAAUGACUUAUUUGAUUUGGAUUAGCCCGAAUUUGAAAUUAAAAAUCUGUUGUAAAUAUUUUUGUAUGGCAACUCGGACGUUGAGCGUAAUUGUACCAUGACAAAAGUGUGAAUAGUUAAUACCCAUGAGUAUAGUGAAUAGAAAUUUUAUUUCUUGUUACGACUCGUUUUUUAAUUGUAAAUAUUAGUGUUGUUUUUAUUAAAUUAGACGGCUUGUAAGAUAUGGUACUUAAAUAAAUCGUUUCUCAAACUCCUUGCACGAUGAUAUUAGAAAUAUGGUAAUGAAUGUUUUGUUUUUAAUUAUUUUUGAACUUAUAAAAAUAUAACUAUAUUUUUUUGUCAGAAAAUACUAAAGUCCGAUGAUGUCUGAACAAUUUAUAGUGUAGUAAAAGUGAUACAUUUGCAUGAAUUAUGAAAUUAUUAAAGCUUCAUUGCUCUCUGUAAAAAUUCUAGCGCAUGCGGGGUGGGGGAAAAGGGAGUGUCGCAAUAUACUUGAGUUUUAUGUUAUUCAUGUCAUCUUGUAUUAUUUAUGUAGUUAUUUAUCUCCAUAUCACUAAUUAUUAAAUGUUCAUGAUUGCCUUGUUAUUGUAGUCCUACGGAUCCUAAUCUCUUCGUGGUUUUAAUGUAAAUCUAUAAUAGGUAAAUUAAUAUAUGACUGUAAAAACAAAUUGAAAAUAAUUUGGGUGCUUUUAUGUAUAAUCAGUAUUAUCUAUUUAAUAUCGUAGUGCUGCCUAUUCAUGCAGGAAUGGUUGAAAUACUUUAUAUAAUGUACUUAUUGUAAAUUCAAAUGAUAUUUUGACGUUUUCACUAACAAGAGAUGUUUUAAUUAAUUUUAAUACAAGUCUAAUCAAUCAGUGUCGUAAUUUUUGUUAUCCUCGAAGGUAAUAAUUUAAUUUUUGAUGUAUUACUUUUUAAAAGGUCUAAUAUUUAGUCAUUACAUAUAAAAUAUCUAUGGUUAGUGAAAAGGAGCAAUUCGAUAUAAAUAUAUUAUAGCAAUUGAUAUUAGGGAAAAGUGUUGUUGAAUGAAAUGUAUGUUUUGCUUGUGUAAGUUUGUUAAUAUUUAUUUAUACCGAUAGUUCACGAAUGACAACAAAGUUAAAGGAAUCAAUAAAUCAAUUUAAUAAUAAAAUGUACUGAACUGAUGAAUAUUAUAAAUAACUUAAUUGUAUAAUGAUUUCGAAGUUGUAUACUGUAAAAAUCCUUUAGAAGUUCCUUAACCCACGUAAACCAAAAUAUUAUUAAGUCAAUUAUUUUGCGCCAUUCACUAUCCCCACAAACUCUUGGUUGUUCUAAGAUAAGGCUCUUAAAGAUAACUCUGGUCGGAAUAUUUUUCGAAAAAUAUUACUUUAUGAAGUAACAACGAAUAUAUAAAUACAUGCAAAUUUACUAAUAGUAGAUAUAAACUAGGACGAUAAUAUAAAUACAAUUAAUUUAUACACAGGUGCCAUAUUAGAUAUGUUGCGAUGUUAUCUUGUACAUAUAAUUUGGCAUUAUAAGAAUGUUUGAAACUUUAAUAUUCGCACAAGACUUGGAAUGUAGGAAAGUGUACAAUAAUAGUUUAGUAUUCGUUAAGUAUUCAUGUGGUACUAGUGAAUAGAUAGGCUUUACAAUCUCCACUGUUUGAAAUUUCAAGGUUACGUCAUGGUUCCGCAAAUAACGUUACGCGACAGAGAAGAAAUAUAUAACAUAGGCAGCGUAAGCGAAGGACAAGUGUAUUGUAUAAGCGUCAUAAUUUUGAUACGAGAGUACUUGUUUUCGAUUUUCUUCAAUUUUGAGUAUUUCUAUAUUGAGUCAUUGUAUGUCUGUCUACAUGUUAUUCAAAACUAAAUCGAUUAACGUCUUUUUUUAUUUAUUUGGUCGUGAGCAAUUUCGGCAAUAAUAUUUUCGUUGACAUAGAUAAUAAAUGAAAUAAUAAAUUAAAUAUUAGACGAGUCCUAACUAUCUUUUAUUAUCGUUGGCUCUUAUGAUGUCACUGUUCUUCUGAUAUUCUGAUGUUCUGAUUUUCUGAUAUUCCGAUAUUCUCAAAAUAAUACAGAUCCUGGUUUAGUUUUGAUUUUUAAAUGUAUCAUAAAAAUGUAGGCGUACAAGUGGGUUAAGGCGACUAGCUUUUAUUAAGAAAUAAACCACUACUAUAUUAAGAUGGGUUGACACUGCGGGAACAUUUAUACAAAACAUUACUGUUCUUUUAUUUUCCAGUGAGAAUAAGAGAGACAACAUGUUUAAUUGUUUAUGUUUUGGGUGUACAAACCCACGGUUAUAUUACGGCCGUAAAACCUUGUUGUUGGUAGUUAGAUGUAUUAUAAAAUUUGACUGGCAUGGUUAAUUGUAUAUAUUCUGGAAAUCUUUGAUUUCAUAUAAAUAUGUAAAAUAUGUAUGUAAAUAACGCCUGCAGUUCAAAGUAUGUGGAUUCUUAUGUGUUCAUGAUAGAAAUGUUUUUGCACUAAUAAUGGGAAUAUUUUUCCAUUUAAUUCGUUAUUGCAUGAUCUAAUCUAUUAUUUAUUAGUGCGUUAUCGCCUGAUACUAACAUUCUUAUGAAAUCUGUCUGUUUCCUAUUUUCAUGGACUCCUAGUAAUAAUUAAAUAAUGCAAUUUAUAACAAAAGGUGUUCGUUUUUUAUACAUUUACGACUAGUGGAAAGCAUGCAAGGUGGGUGUUUACUGAGACGGUCAAUAAAUAAAAGCAAUAUUAUAUUCGGAAAUAAAACUCGGUAAUUAAAAUUACGAUUAUAAGUAGAUCGUGUAAUUUUAAGAUAUACUGGGCUUGCUUAAAUAAUACCGAAGCAUUUGUAGUACGUAUACCUGUUUUGAAUUAUACAAGGCAUUGGAAAUCCGAAUAGUAAAUAUCUAUUUUGUUAUGAGUUAUUAAGAUGCGAUAUUGAAUCCUCGUUGUUUUGUUUCAAUUUUCAAUUUUAAUCCAACCUACAUUAAAUCGCACCUAAUUGUUUUUAAAUACAUUCUGUUUUUUAUCUGUUCGCAAGAUUGUCGUUAUGUUGACUAUAUUCCAUUUCAAAUGAAUGCCUAAUGUUGUAAACACAAACGUCAAAAUAUGUAGAUGGCAGCCACUACAUUAUUUCAUAUUUAUAUCGGAAAAAUAUACAUUAUAUGUUUAAAUAAAAUUGUUUAUGGACAGCAACUAAUUAGUUUUUCUGGUAUAAUAUGGGAUUAAAGGCCGGUCCCACGACAGGCUGAUAGAGUCUCAGAUAGCUUAAAAAUGACGUCACUCAGAUAAGGGAAUAAAGUCCGAUAUUUCCAUCACAUAUUUUACAUGUUGGAUUAUCAAUUUACAAUUUAGUGGGACAGGCCCUUACAAUUUUUACCGGAGUUAUGAUGACAAUAUUCUAGGAGUCAGUCCUACCAAAUUCUUGUAAAUUGCCUAAUGACAAUCCAAUGUGUAAAAUAUGUGAUAGAAAUGCCGGGUUUUGUUACCUUUUUAAAGUGACGUCAUUUUAAGCUAUCUGAGCCUCUAUCAUCCAGUGGUGGGACAGGCCCUAAAGCUUUCAUUUGAAACAAGGGAUGGCUGUGUACAUGUAAGCCACAGAAUGCGGGAUGUAAGUACCAUCGUGCGUAAUGUUGAUCUCAUUUGUUUACGAACCUGUAGCUCAAUGUAGUGUUUUUGUAAAGAAAUAAACUCAAAACUUUAUCCGAAUGUAAAUGUUAAUUUAUAAGAUAUAAUAAAUUGUAUAUACAUAUUUUUAAUGGAGAUUUUUAUACACAGUAAAAGCAGUUGGUUGUAUAAAGUUUUCGGUAUCUGUCAACUAAGUAAUUUUGUUCUAACAUAGUUUAAUGUAAAUAUUAUGUUAAGACGUGAUAGGCAUUCUUGUGUUUAUUGCAUAGAUGUGUAUCAUAAAAAUUUAUAUGAAUGUGUUGACAUGAUUUUUUUUGUAAAAAGUAAUAUUGUAAAAAUUAAUUUGAA